UGUGCGGCUGACUGCUGAGCCGGCGGCCGACCUCAGCGCAGGGUGAUCGGGUGUCCCCAGCGCACCCGGCCCUGAGGGCCAGCCAGGGCCUCGGCCGGUGCGGACCGGAGGGGCGAACCCACCCUGUCCGGGAAGCCUGGCGAUGCCCCGCCACGGACUGUCCCCGGCCCACGGCCACCGCGGGUCCGGCUGGGAGCAGGGCCUGGGGAGACCCCCCGGGGCCCCCAGUCUGCGACGCCUGUGGAUCGGCCUGGGCCUGAUGCUGGUGCUGGUUCUGCCCGGCUCCCUGGUCAGAGCUCAUCCUCUUCCUGCCCAGAACUUCCCCGCCGGGUUCAGCGACCCGGUGCCCCGGCUCCUGGAGGCCUUUGGGUGGUGGAACCUCACUUGCCCCGUCUGCAAAGCCCUGUUUACCGCCAUCGACUUCGGGCUGAAGAAGGAGCCGAAUGUGGAGCGGCUGGGCUCCAUGGCCACCUGGGUGUGCAAGCUGCUGAAGAUAGCACCCCCCAACGUGUGCCAGUCAGCCAUCCGUCUCUUUGAGAAAGACAUGGUGGACGUGUGGACACGCUCAGUGCUAAGCCCAUCCGAGGCCUGUGGCUUGCUCCUGGGCUCCACUUGUGGGCACUGGGACAUCUUCUCAUCUUGGAAUAUCUCUUUGCCGGCAGUGCCAAAGCCACCCCCCAAGCCACCCAGCCCACCAGCCCCGGGUGCCCCCGUCAGCCGCAUCCUCUUCCUCACGGACCUACACUGGGAUCAUGACUACCUGGAGGGCACAGACCCUAACUGUGUGGACCCGCUGUGCUGCCGCCGGGGCUCUGGCCAGCCUCCCACCUCGAAGCCAGGGGCUGGAUACUGGGGCGAGUACAGCAAGUGUGACCUGCCCCUGCGGACCCUGGAGAGCAUGUUGAGUGGGCUGGGCCCAGCUGGCCCUUUUGAUAUGGUGUACUGGACAGGGGACAUCCCAGCCCACGAUGUCUGGCAACAGUCCCGCCAGGAUCAGCUGCGGGCCCUGAACACCAUCACCGACCUCGUGAAGAAGUUCCUCGGGCCGGUGCCCGUCUACCCUGCCGUGGGCAACCAUGAGAGCACUCCCGUCAACAGCUUCCCUCCCCCCUUCAUCCAGGGCAACCAGUCCUCAAACUGGCUGUACGAGGCCAUGGCCAAGACAUGGGAGCCCUGGCUGCCCGCUGAAGCCCUGCAAACCCUCAGGAUCGGGGGGUUCUAUGCCCUUUCCCCACGCCCUGGCCUCCGCCUCAUCUCUCUCAAUAUGAAUUUUUGCUCCCGUGAGAACUUCUGGCUCUUGAUCAACUCCACAGACCCUGCUGGACAGCUCCAGUGGCUCGUAGGGGAGCUUCAGGCUGCUGAGGACCGAGGAGACAAAGUGCAUAUAAUCGGCCACAUCCCCCCGGGGCACUGCCUGAAGAGCUGGAGCUGGAAUUAUUACCGCAUUGUGUCCCGGUACGAGAACAUCCUGGCUGGUCAGUUCUUUGGCCACACACACGUGGAUGAGUUUGAGGUCUUCUACGACGAAGAGACUCUGAGCCGGCCUCUGUCUGUAGCGUUCCUGGCACCCAGCGCCACCACCUACAUUGGCCUUAACCCUGGUUACCGGGUCUACCAAAUCGACGGAAACUACCCCGGGAGCUCCCACGUGGUCCUGGACCACGAGACCUACAUCCUGAACCUGACGCAGGCGAACGCGCCGGGGGCCACGCCGACCUGGAAGCUCCUCUACCGGGCUCGGGAAACGUACGGGCUGCCCAACGCGCUGCCUGCCGCCUGGCACAACCUGGUGUACCGCAUGCGGGACGACACGCAGCUCUUCCAGACCUUCUGGUUUCUCUACCAUAAAGGCCACCCGCCCUCGGAGCCCUGCGGCACGCCCUGCCGCCUCGCCACUCUGUGCGCGCAGCUCUCCGCCCGCGCGGACAGCCCUGCUCUCUGCCGCCACCUGGUGCGGAAGGAGUCUCUCCCAGAGGUUCAGCGCUGGGCGCCCAGGCCCCUGUUCUGCUAGGACCUCAGGGCCCAUAGUCGGGAAAGCUCUUGUCUUAGGAAAGCUGCGAAAGCCCAGCGUGCUGCUGCCGUUCAUCCUGGCAGGCACAUCCUGUGGGAGCGCCUAUCCUGGGGCCCCAAAAGUGCCGCGAACAGGACCUUCUUCCUGGGGCCAGCCUGGCCGCCUCUGGGAGAGGGCUUGGCUGCUGUGUACGCGCCCAGGACCCAGACUGUCUUCUCACAGCCAUGAACAGAGGCGGAAGUGCCCGGGGCAGCCAGAUAGGAGCUGUCGCCUGAGGUCAGUGCUGCUGCUACCUGGCCUGCCAGGCUGAUGAAAUAAAGAUGAGAGACUUGGACUGCA